CUCUUUAUAUGAAAAUUAAACGGAUCAGAAGUGCAGAAGUUCUACCACAACCUCAGACUCUUGAAGAAAUUGAUGUUCCAGUUUUAUUACAUUUAACUUUAAAUGGAGAUCUGUUCUUAAUAAAAGAUUUAAAUUUAGGACAAAAUAAAAUUAUUAUAUUUGCAACAAAAACCAAUUUACAAUGCUUAUCCUGGGCACCUUACUGGAUCAUGGAUGGUACCUUUAAAAUGGUUUCUACUAUUUUUAAACAAAUUUAUACCAUCUAUGCACCCGUUGGCACAAAUGAUAAUUUUCAAUUAAGCAAUGGUAAUAUCUCUUGUAAUCAACCUCUUUAUCCACCAGAAUUGUGGUCAAUUUAUAGCUCUGUUGAAUCUGGAUUUCCACAUACUCAAAAUAAAAUGCAAAAAGAACAACAAAGAGUUGAUUGUCAAGUUGAAAGAAUUCUUAAUGGAGAACAAAGACCUACGCCUAAAAAAAAAGCAAUUGACC